AAUUGCCUUCCUGAACGGAAAUCAAGACAUUUGAUAAGUAAAUUCAGUCCACUUCAUGUUUCAUUCGUCCUCACUCAUCCGUAUUCGUUAAUUCUGUGAGAUUUUUUUUAUUCAGCUAGCUUUUUCAUUGAAAAGCAGAACAGACAAUUUUAAUUCCUAUGAACUUUGUGGUGUGAAAAACCCGUAUUAAACUGGAAAAACUGGAAUUAUAAAUAUAUAAUUGGGAACGUGUUUGAAUGAACUACAUCCCUUUCCAUUUUGCACUGAAGGGAAACGAUAUGUCACCUGUUUAAUAUGUUGCCACGAAAGUCUGACUGUAGAGUUCAUCGAGUGAAACCAUUGAAAGAAUCGGAAAAUUUGAAAAUGGGGUGUGCCGCGUCCCAGGCAGGGUUAUCUCAUGCAGCGCAGACCGACAUUAUUGGAAAAGGCGAUGUAGAUGAACCUACGAUUUCUGCAUCACUAGAUCCUGUCCAAUACCCACCGGCAGAGGCAUUCGAAAUACCAAUCGCCGAUGGGCACGAACACGGAGGUGAUGACAGCCUUAUUAGGAAACAUCCACCCAAGCGACUACAACGUCUAACUGAAGUACCUUUAGUUGAAACAACGAUUGAAGAUCUUGAAGAAAAGUUAGCUAAAGCUGAUAUUCGCCGACAAAGGUACUUGCAGGAAAAAGCAGAGAGAAUUGAAAGUUUGGGGAGCACGGGUUUAAAAAACAAAAGCCAAGACAAGGAGGAAGAUGGACAUGAAGGCAAUAAUAAAGACAUUUAAUAUGUAAGUCAAUACACGGCGAAUUGAAUGUGAAUCGGAAAACUAGUGAAAAACUUGAAAAAGUUCUGAAGGCACAAGGUAACAUGUAACACCACUUUGUACUUACCUGCUGUUUACAACAAAUAAAACCUGUGAUUG